UGAGGACACAGCUUGGCUUCAUGCCUGAUCAAUAAAAGGUAGAUUAGUUCAGAAUCUGAGCAUUAGAAACAGAGGGCUCAUUAAGAACAGUGCUGCUCUGCAGGACCGACUGCCUGCAGACUCUUUUUGAGUUUGAAAUCCACCACCAGAAAGGGAUUUUAAGAUGUGAGGACAAAGUCACUCCAAACCUUGAGGACCUAUGAGGACGUAAGAAAGAGCGGAGAAGUGGCUCCUGACAUUUGGGACUCAAGGAAACAUCUUGCAGCAGGGAUCAGACACUGAGACGGAUGUAAUGGUGUGGAAACACCGCUGCUCUCUUGAGAUAUCAGACUUUUGAGUCAGUCAGACAAGGGAUGGGGAGACGAGCGGCCGACCUGACAACCCCGGUUCCAGUUUUAGGUGUCCCUGCCCUGGCUGGAGUGCGCGGCUGGAGGACGACGGUAGGAGACAGAGUCGGAGGAGCCCUGCUGCAGACGUGGGGACCUUACUGCAGCGUUGGUGUUCAGACGUCCCCGGGGAUAAUCAGACCACCCACAGAGCUCAGUGUACAGCUAACUGAUACACUGUCCACACCAUCAGAUAAGAUUACUCAAGCAUCCAGCAGCUAUAUUACCAAGGAAACAGAGUACAGGGAGAUAUUACUGCUAACAAAGAGUGACAAGGAGAAAAGGGCUAUUUUAAAACAGAAAAGUGGGGAAGCCAAGACCAAAAAGGAAGUGACUUUCAGAGCACUUGGUGAGGCCUCUAAGGAUGUGACCUGCAGUCAGAGGAGCAGUAGUGGGACUUAUUGCUAUGCCAGGGCAAUCAAGACCAACCCACACUUUGCAGGGACUGUAACCAGCGCCAGGCCUAAAUUGAAACCCUCUGCCCGCUACACCAAUGGCAGCGUGGUUGAUUCAGAGGCGAUCGGUGGUAUUAGCCUCGAUAGUGACGAAGCAGAGCCUGUAAGGAGUGGAAGAAACCAAACCAGACCACAAGGUCAUUAUGCAGAGCAGUCUGGGAAGUCGCUGCUGCUAUCUGCCACCCGACCUUUCGGGUUGCCACAAAAAAUAUGCAGCCAUUGUGGUGGGAGACAGUCUGUUGCCAGCACUGUUGUCACAUUGGGGGAGAAGGGCUCCACCGCUGACGCUUGCCUCGGAGAAAAGGGCCUCAGCUCGCUGUCGACUUGCACGCAAUUCCAGAUUCCCCAUAACCUUCAUGAAAUCUCUGACAGCGUCACAAACAGAGACAAACGGACGCACAUUACGGUCAAUCCACAUCUGUUAUAUCUUAGUGAAGAGCUAAAGUAUCGCAAAACACCACACCCGGCUUGUCCGGUGCACUCUCGGAACAAUUUGGUCACUUUGUCACAGGCGCAUGCUGCCAGUGACACAACCCAACCCACAACCAUCCUACACGCUAAAACCAUCACUGUCACGAAAGCAACUAUCGAAACAAGACAGGACGAUCCGAGUACAAAACCAUCACAGGAGGGUAAGAUCCCCCGACCGACAACCCUUGCGUUGACCCCACGGAUGGCCACAGCUACCAAACCAAACAACCCACAUUCAAACACCUAUCCCCUCAAAACACUACAACAACAUACUGUGCCUCAAAAUGUUUGUGUAUCCGUACAUGCUACACCUGAAAACACUCUGUCCCUCCCUUCUCAUUUGUACACUACAGCAUCCAUUACCAACAUGCACCAAACGACCAUUAACACUGCACUGAUAUCCACUGAAAGUAUACCUGCUAAAGUUGCUAAACAUGAAACCCUACAUUCAUCGCGAGUAAGCAUAGCAUCAAAUACGACUAAUGGUGCAGGAAAGACCCUUAAAUGUCCCACUGUGUCACUGGCAGCCAAUCCAUUAGACCCCAUUCAAAAACUGGAAGCAACUUCACACCCUAUACCACAAGCUUCACCCGAUCCAGGUCAUAAGAUGCAAGAAAACCCAUCCUCAAUCACUGACAGCAAACCACAGAUCAAAACAUCUGUUAUCGACACAGCUGGAUUCCCCACCUUUGAUAGUACAGCGCACACGACUACACCGCAUUGCAAUUUGAACCACAACUCCAAUUCAGAUCAAAUUACGCACACCAGCGUGAAAAAUACAGCCGCACCUUCGCAAAUCAAGCCAGAAUACUCCAAUUCUGAACCUACGCUCCAUGUUUCAACAGCGUCUCUAAACGCAGCUCCACAUGCAGCGAAACCCCAAGACUCGGGAGCUCGGUUGCUUUCGAGAGCAGCUUCCAGCUCCACAUCCACAUGUAGCAGCGCCCUAUACAAAUACAUAGCCCUCAGGAACUCCUCAGUCAAUCUGAAAAAUGUGCCGCCCACAGCUGCCACCUCCUCAUCCACAUUGACAGGAAACCAAAGGAACGCUUGCUCAUCAGGUACAGCUUCAGUCCAACCAGCAGACACAACACGACGCAGCGGAGAGCUCGGUCCGACCCUCGCACACCACCGUGGUCAAACGCAAGCAGCGGACAAAAGAACUCAAACUGUUAACGAAUCUGUUGUUUCCCAUCGGGGGAACAACUCCGCAACAACUCCAGCCGCAUUAUCUGAGCUUACAAAUGUGUCAAAACAUCAUAACGGAGGCAGUGACACAAGCGAUCCCAAAUCAACCGUCAUUCCCAACACUGACAAAUUCAAUGGUAAUCUAAUCAAUGAAUUAGUUGUGUAUGAGUCCAAACAGCAUGAAAAUUCAAAUCUAUCACAGGUCACCGGCCUUCAGAAUUACAUUUCCCUAAUUAAGUCAAACAGCUCUUGUCUGCAGGGUUGCAUAAACACGGAACAACAAAGGCUUGCACAUUAUCAAGGAUACACAGAAGCAGAGCACCAGGGACAACAUGCUGCAUGCCCACCAGUGAAAACAGCCCAGGAGACGGGUGCAAAUAGAGAAAAGUUUGCCAUGGGUAUAUCAGCCAGACACGCAAAUAUUAAGCUCAAAUCCAGUGCAGAUGAACCGACACGUCCCAAUAACCCAACGAAAACAAACUCUGAGCCCAUCAUCUCAUCGCUGGAAAACACUGUGCACACAACCACCGCAGAAUCUUCAUCCCCACAAUAUUUAGACACUUCAUCACUCCCACAAGCACACACGAGUCCAGAGCUUUCUUUCACACCAGCCUCCUCCAACAAUAAGGGGGAGCUUUGUCCGCAUGCAAGCCAGGAAUGUAAUUCCAUAUUGCCGUCGUCAACAAUGCACUUGGCGUCCCUUCCCCGCCUCCAGCCCUGCGACGCGCAGGCAAUCGUCAGACCCGAUUCAAAGUUUAGCCCUGCCCGCCCUCAGCAGCCGUGCCCAGAGGACACCAGCCUGGCUCACUCCCACCCAGCUGAUGCAGCCCUGUUACUGCCCCCCUCCCCACAGUGCUGCAAAUCAGCAGCCUUACAGCAGAGGCUCGAGACUGUGGAGGCCAACCUGGCAGCCAACAAGGACAGGAUCACUACUCUGCUUAACAUUAUCCAUGACCUGGAGACGUGCCACACUCCAUCGAGUGGUCGGCGAGGCUGCAAAACCGGACAGGACCUCAAAAACUGCUCAACCUGCCAGAAGACUGCGUGUAUUGUCUACAGCGUGGAGUAUGACUUCAGGCAGCAGGAGAGACGCUUCCUGGAGGUUCUGAAUCGUUCGGCGAGAGGGAACAACGCUUUCUCCUCGCACCUCUCCCAGCCCCUGAACUUUAGCCUGCUCCGAGACAUCGUCAUUAAGAACUUAUCAAAGUCCAAGGUGAAGAGCAAAAAGCUGUGCAAGACCCUCUUCAAAUGGCUGCCCAGGAAAAUCCAGCAAGUGUAGACCUCUUUUACAAUACAUGUGUGCUGCCUGAUAGCCAUAAGCCUGUGUUACAAGUGACCAGCAGAAGCCUUUUUUGCAGAGGACUCUUAUUAUUCCUCCCUUUUUCCAUCCCAUAGAGUGAGAUUACUUUGAAUAGGAGUCUUAACCCGGUAGAGUUCCACUCUCCUGCACACUGUCAAAGCUUAAAGGCAGGAUUUUUGUACUCAAGUUCACCCCUGAUCUUGGUGACCUUCCGCUAUUAUCAACCGUGAAGGAAUUCCACUUUUCACUUUUUAAAAACGUCAAUGUUAUUUUGGUGUCGACGUGCUUGCUUCAAAACGUGCCACUAACCACGGCCACAGGUUUCUUCAUCUUAUCUCACGUUCGGAUAUUUUUCUGCACCGUUAUGAUUAACGCACUCUGAGUUCCGGUGUCGUUACACUUCCCCUUCAAUCGUCCUCGCUCCCUGCUUCCCCCUCUUCAGACUUAAUGUGCAGUAUAUAAUUUUGGAAUGGAAUAAUUUUGAAAUGCAAAACUGAAUUAAACAGAAUUAACUGACUGUUUA